GGGUUGGUACGGCGGGGAGGCCGGGGCGGGGCUGCUAGCGAAAUUACGAGGGUGCGCUCAGCGCAGUAGGGCCUUAGAGGCCAGCCGGACGCGCCAUGACCGCAGGGAGUGCGUGUGGCUGGGCCGUGGGGGUCCUCGGCGUGGUCUGCCUGGUGCUCCAGUUCGACUCCAUCAGCUGUAAUUUCCCGAUGUUUGGAACUGUGAACCAGAGCGUAACUUUCCCUAUAGCAAGCUCUGUACCCUUUACGGAGAUUAUGUGGACAAAAAAUAGGGAUAAAGUCCUUGAAUGGGAAGCAGGCUUUCCCGUCAGAGUUUUCCCACCUUUCAUAGGCAGAGUUCAUUUAGACACCACAUCAGGAAGCCUUACCAUCUUCAACCUAACAUAUUCGGAUGAGGCGGACUAUAAACUGGAUUCUUUGAGCAGUGGCGACACUUUGUUCACUCUGAAGGUGAUUGAUCCUCUUCCAUCUCCAACACUAAAUUGCACCUUGGCUGCUGAAGACAUUACAGUCAAUUGCAGGAUCCCAGAAUCUUACAAUUUCAUACAACUUUUAAACUAUUCAUGGAACUGCUUUCCGGCACUGUGUAAAAAUGGCUCGAAUAUGUCUGAAGUGGUGAUUAAGAGGAACAAUGAUCUCUCGCAGGAAAUAAGCUGUACUGUUAACAGUCCAUUGUCCAAACAGACAUCCUUGCUUGUCUUAGCAACCUGUGUCCCAGCUGAGCAUUCAAGGAACAGGUUUGCACUUAUACCAGCAGUAAUCAUACCCCUAGCAGCAGGAGUAAUUUUUUUGGUUUUUCAAAAGAGGUUUUCUGAAAUAUGGCAGAGAUACAGAGAGAACCGACCCCAGUUGACCGGUACUUCAAGAUGAUCAAAUGUAUAGUGACUAAGUUAUUUAAAUAAUGGAAUCAAAAGCCAUCUGAUUUGCUGUUCAAGUAUUCUGUCAUCUUCAAGGACAUUUUGGAACUCUAAUCUGAAGUGACCCUCCACUGGAAGAGUUUUUUUGGAAGAAAUAUCAACUAUUAACCAGAACUAGUAUCUACCCUAUCCCUGCUCUGGUCUCCAACUACAUACUGUAAAUAGUUUUUGAUUCUCAGUUUCUUACUGCUAAUUUUCUAUCAGAUAUGCACAUGUAAAUAUGUAAAUAUACCCUAAAUGGUAGGUGGUUUGGCUUUAUUUUUUCCUCUUAGGUCAGAAAACUGUUCUGAGUCAUCUACCUCAGGAGGUGAAGGCUUUUUACUUAGAUCCGUCCUCCGCUGCUCUUUUGUCUUAGAGGGAGAAGAAUUCAUUGCAGGAUGGGUAGUGGAGUGAGGAGAUGGACAGAACACGUCCGUGUGCUGCAUCCGUGGCUCUUGAUAGGAGGUGAGAACACAUGGGUCUUCCGUUUACUUCGCUAAGACCAGAUUGCCGCCAUCUACACUGAGGGGGACUUGCCCCAUGAAGGUCUCUUAACGCACUCAGUGUCUGGUGUUAGCUGUCACAUGGGCAGGGAAACAGCAGAGAACUCUUAAAAACACUGAAGUCCUAUACAAAUGCAGACCAACAGCCUCUCCUGAAUGAGGAAGCAGAUGGCGCUGCCUAUCCCCUGGGUCACCGUCAUACAUACCAACGUCCAAGGCCCUUAGCUCCUGAACCCACACUACCCCUGGAGCUCCUGUCACAUGAGAGUCUUCAGCCUGAAAGAGGAAACACCGCUUUAUCACACCAAGGCAAAGCGUGCUGAAAGGAGCCCCAUGAGACUGCUCUCUCUGGCCCCCUCACAGUUACCAGCAAGAAUGAGGUGGGGGCCUGGGAGCCCCGAGUACUCUUGGGAAGAGCCCUUCUUCCCCUGCUCCUUCUACCUCUGGGCAGCAAAGCUUCCUAUCAACACGUGUGUCUGGAUCAUCUUGUGAAACCCUUUUAUUUCAGGCCCUGUGGGGAGCCUGGGACUCCCAGACCCUCCUUCGCCUUUUGGACCUUCAUCUCCAGACGCUCUGUAAGGCCGUUUCUGACCCCUUCAUUAGUAGCAAGAUUCCUAGGAUUCUCUGCUAUGAAUGUUGCCUCCACGAUUCUGUUCUCACCAGAACCCGACUCUCCCUGAGGCUGAUGCUUCCCGAUGCCCUCUCAAGGGCCAGCUGCUUCCUCUCUUGGGCUCCUUGGACCCUGGGCAAGAAGGAGGCCUGGUGUCCUCUUGGCUCCUUUCUGCUUCCAGCCCAUGCCUCCUUCCUCGGUUCUGAUGGGCAAACCAGCAGCUCAGCACCACCAGACACUCCCUUUUCUAGCAUCUUCGUUGUUCCUCAACCUGUGAAGAUUUUAG